AUGGUAAUUCAGAACAGCUUUCUUCUUAGAAAAUGCAGGACAGAUUAUCCAUCAUUUUCAAAAGAUGAAUAGAUAUGGACCCUGAUAGAUCUUGAUGAUGGCAAGCUCUUGACCAAACUCUUAUGGCAGCAUGACAUAAAAUUCCAUUGUGUUUUGACAGCCAAAAUCGUCUACUUUUGCUUAGCAUCCUAGGCAAAUAUGUUUGGCAUUUCACUAUGUAUCAGUGCCAAACUUUCUGGUGUGUUUUCAAGAAAGGAAUGAAAACACCAGGCCACAAACUACUGCGGUAUAUUAAGUGCUUGGGAGGAUUUCUUGGCAUAAUCAACAGAUCUUAAAAAUCACAGAAAUAGUUGCAUAUGGCAGUUAAUAACAAAGUUACUACAGUAUAUGCGACGGCCAAGCCAAGGAGAUACUGUAUUUACUCAAAUGUAAUGCACACCUUUUUUGGCCAAAUCAUGUUGCGAAAAUUAGGGUGCACAUUAGAUUUGAUGGUGCAUUUACAUUCGCCAGCAAAAACCGUUUUUGGUUCCAAGAUUUUAAAAAUUGAGGUGUGCAUUAGAUUCGAUGGCGCAUUGUUGUUGUUGUUGUUUAGUCGUUUAGUCAUGUCCGACUCUUCGUGACCCCAUGGACCGGAGAACGCCAGGCACUCAUGUCUUCCACUGCCUCCUGCAGUUUGGUCAAACUCAUGCUGGUAGCUUCGAGAACACUGUCCAACCAUCUCGUCCUCUGUCGUCCUCUUCUCCUUGUGCCCACAAUCUUUCCCAACAUCAGGGUCUUUUCCAGGGAGUCUUCUCUUCUCAUGAGGUGGCCAAAGUAUUGGAGCCUCAGCUUCAGGAUCUGUCCUUCCAUUGAGCAUUCAGUCAGGGAUGAUUUCCUUAAGAAUGGAUAGGUUUGAUCUUCUUGCAGUCCAUGGGACUCUCAAGAGUCUCCUCCAACACCAUAAUUCAAAAGCAUCAAUUCUUCGGCAAUCAGCCUUCUUUAUGGUCCAGCUCUCACUUCCAUACAUCACUACAGGGAUCCGGACCUGGCUACAUAUACAUAUACACACAAGUCAAGUUUGACAGGUGGACAGGGCCACCCCCUUGUCAAUCACCUGAUGUUGCAAUGGCAAUCUUUGCUUGCAUGGUUUGAAAUCAAAUGUAUAAGCAAAAAAUGUGUGCAGUAUUGCCAUCAGUCAGCUGACUGUCAGCACUGAAGAAACCCUUUGUGCAGUGCUUCUCCAGCACUGAUGAUCAGCUUCAAAGCACCUUUUACCAAGUCCUGCCUUUACUUGCUCCACACUUGUCACAUACAACAUUAGGUGUAGGGCAGGUAGCCAUGGCUUGGACUCUUGUGCCAAAUGGGGAAGCCUGGCUGGAGGUUCCCCAUCCCUUAUUUAAGCAAAUGAGGUUCUGGGUUGUAUAUGUAGUAUAAAAAGAGUUGGUAGCUUCCCAUUCUAGCCACCCAGAUACCUUGCUCACAGGGCAAGACAGGUUUGAGCAGAUUACACUGGUCCUGGCUUGACUGCACUGGCUGUCAGUUAGUUUCCAGACCCAGUUCAGAGUGCUGAUUUUAACCUAUAAAGCCUUAAACAGUCUGCAGUCCUUUUCAAUAUGUUUGUGUGUGGUUUAUCAGGGGAGGAGUCAGGAGAGGAAAAUAGCAGUGCUGAUCUUAUCAGCAAUACAAUUUUAUCAAUCUCUUUUAUCCGUUUUGUAAGCUACAAUGACGCUGGCUGCACAAAACCCAUGAGAAAACGGUAACACUAGUUCAAAACUUGCUGUGUCAAGAUACAGAGAAAACUAAUACAGCGGUACCUUGGUUCUCAAACUUAAUCCGUUCUGGAAGUCCAUUCCAAAAUCAAGACGUGCUUUCCCAUAGAAAGUAAUGCAAAAUGGAUUCAUCCGUUCCAGACUUUAAAAAACAACCCUCUAAAACAGGAAUUUAACAUGAAUUUUACUAUCUAACGAGACCAUUGAACCAUAAAGUAAAAGCAAUAAACAAUGUCACACAAUCAAUCAGUAGCUGAACUGGGUUCCACACAGUAACAAAAACAAAACAAAAAAGAGCCACAAAAACAAAAAUGCAAAAUAAAUAGCAAAAACAGACAAAACUCAGCAUAACUCUCAAAACGUAAGUGUGGCACUCAAAAUGGAGCACGUUCAGCUUCCGGAAAAAGUUCACAAACAGGAACACUUACUUCCGAGUUUGCAGUGUUUGGGUUCCAAGUUGUUUGAGUACCAAGGUGUUUGAGAACCAGGGUACCACUGUAGUCCCUUCAGAAAUGCACGUUUUAAAAGGACUAGAUAGAAUCUGUUGAACAUGUAUCUCUUGCAAGAGGGUAUUUUCCAAGUGUUUUUAAGGAACUGUUUGGACAAUCUGGGAGACCACAGAGUAGAAAAACCUGUGGCUUUCCAGAUGAAGUUGGGCUGCAUGUUCCAUUAUCCUUCACUAAACUACUUGACUUUUGUGUUAGUCAUUGUCUUCAGAAGUCAUUCUGGAAAACAACAAACUACCAAAAGAAGUCACAAUUGAAUAUAAAUCUUUCUGCAAGAAUGAAGUGAAUGGUACAGGAGAUGAAGGAAGAAAGUGCUCCAACAUUUCAAUUGGAGAUGAGGUAACUUUCUGCAUUCUGGAAUCGGUGUGCUAUUGCUUCACCCCCUCUAAUCAGUGUCAAACAAUUUACCUAUGUACUCUUUAUUUUGCUUACAGGUUAGCUUUGAGAUUAAAGUAACAGCCAACCAGUGUCCAGAAAAAGGGCAGGAUGAAACCAUUAAAAUCAAGCCACUAGGUUUCACUGAAGAGGUAGAAAUUAAUCUGGAGUUCAUCUGUGAAUGUGAAUGUCACAAGGACGGAAUUCCAGACAGCCCUAUUUGCUCCCAUGGAAGUGGACCAUUUGAGUGUGGUGCCUGCAGGUAGAUAAAUAUUAAUGUUUUUUCUCUCCCUCAGAUAAAUCUGCUAGGAAAUAAAAUAUCCCUUGACUGUAAAUGGCCCAAAAAAAUAUCCCAGACUAGACACAAAUUUAGUUGGAAGACCUUUCCCUGAUUCUUCUUGGGUGGAAUCAGCGCUGAAGGGAAUGUGCUGUCCACCAGCUCAGGAGAACCUCCAUGUAUUCCUCACAUGCUUCAGGAUUGAGUCUCGACACUGAAAAUAGAUGCUUUGGAGGACUCAUGAGAGUCCCUAUUCUCUGCCACUCCCCUUUUCCUCCUACUUUAAAUGGCCCUUCACUCAUUUUUUUAUUCAUCAUUUCUAUCCACCACCUGCCUCUCUUUCUCCAAACCUCAACUUUCUCCCAAUUCCUACCACAUACCUCAUUUUCCUUCUCAUUUUCCCGUCUCCUGCUAUUUCUGCACUGCGUCUUGUUUCUUUCUUAGCCUCUUUCCUUCCUGUGCCACAUAAUCCUUACACAAAGAGAAGUUGUGUGUCCUUUCUCCUCAUAUAGGAAAAAACGUAAAUAAAGGGAAGGGAACCCAAGUCAGCUCCUUAAGCAAGCAUGAAAUUUGUAUUUUAAUGCUGGGCCUUCAGGUACCUUCAGUCAUAUCAUACUGGCCCCUCCUGCCUUCCUUUCCCCCAUGAACACCGGCAGCUUAUUCCUACGAGGAUCUUUAAAUUCCCAUGUAUUUCUAAAAAUAAUUUUGACCACACUGUUUUUUUGUUUCGUUUUCGUUUUUGAAAAAGCUAGGUACUUUAUGGGUGUGUUUUUUUAUCUGUUUGAGUCCUGUGGGGAAUAAAGUGGGCAGUAAAUAAAUAUAUAACUAUUAUUAUUAUUAUUAUUAUUAUUAUUAUUAUUAUUAUUAUUAAAGUGGUGAAUAUUAAUACUGUUGCAGGCUAAUUGGGCCUAUUCUUAAUUGCAAUUGUAGCAGACCAUUCUUCAAGACCUUUCUAGCACAGAAAAAUGAAUGUCUGGUGUGUCAAGCAGGCAUGUGCCUCAUUUCACCUUUGGAAUAAAUUAGCAUUUAUAUUAUUUUUACAGCAAUUAGUAGCAGCUGCUAUAUUAAUGAACUUUGUAGAAGAGUCAUUCAGCAGCUUCCCCAAACUGCUGCUCUUCAGUUUCGGAACAUCUGCCUCUAGGAUGAAUCAUGCUCUCGUGAAAGAGACUGUUUCCUGUAUCUAUGCACCAGUAUCUCAUCCCACCCCCUUCUCAAUAUGUAUAUGAGGGGAAAGAAAGUUUUGCAUUGAUUUUAGUUAACAGUUUAGUAAUGAGAACCAUUUUCUGUUUUAGGUGUAAACCAGGACGUAUUGGAAAGCUCUGUGAAUGCAGCAUGGAUGAAGUAAACAGUGAAGAUAUAUCAAGCACCUGUAGACGAGCAAACAGUUCAGAAAUAUGUAGUAACAAUGGAGAAUGUAUUUGUGGACAGUGUGUGUGCAGGAAGAGAGAGAAUGCAAAUGAGAUCUACUCUGGCCGGUUUUGCGAAUGUGAUAACUUCAACUGUGAUCGAUCUGAUGGCUUGCUUUGUGGAGGUAAUGAACUGACCCUUUUAAACUUUAAGGAUUCAGAAGUUCCUCUGGAGGAAGGGGAAUGCUUGGAUGCAGUCCUGUACUUAUUUCUAAGCAUGAGAGCCUAACAUUUGGGAGAUCUUCUUGGCUUGCGAUACUCUGCUGUGCAACACAGUACACAGUAAUACUAUUAGUAAAAGGAGAGAGGCUUUUUCUGAAGAGAAUCAUACACUGUAGCCCAUAUUGUAUGCCUUCACAAGACUUUAAUUUAUAAAUUUACGAGAGACAUCAAGUAAAAGGCAGGGGUUAUGUGGUCUAGAGUUCAACCACCAGAUCUGGUCCUAUCUUACCCAGGCCAAGUUGUUCAGCUGCAGCUCCUCUAUCUACAGUGUGUACUUCCUUUGGCCCUUUUUGUUGGUUUCUGUUAUUUCCUACUCCUUUUUUCUGAAUCAUUCCUUUUUGCCUUAAAAAACAAACAAACCUUUUAUUCUCCACUUUUGCUUUUCCUCUUAUUUUCUGGCUCAGGGGGCCAACUGGGAAAUGAGUAAUCACUGAGCCUACAACUAAGUAUUGUCAAAGACCCUAAAGCAAAGACCCUAUACAGCUGCUCUGGCCACCACAGGGACUUCCAGUGCCCACAAUGUCUCCAGUUCUUGUGAUCUAGAGGCAGUGCAUGCUGGCCCUUGCUGUGGUGGGAGCCAUUCAGUGGGAGUGCAACUUGAGAGAUUACAGAGAGAGCCAAAACUGUCCACUUUGGACAGUACAGGUUAGGAAGGUUAUAUGGGGAGGAACCUGCCAAACACCAUUAAUCCCUUACCUUUGUGCCAACUUUUGACACCAUUUUGAAAGGAGAAAAUUCUGAUUAGGAGCUCCAAGUGACAGUGCAUUCUAAAGUCAGCACUCUCAACAAACUUCCAGUGGACAUAGCAGAGUGAGUGGUUAGAUAAUAGCAUGCAAGAUGAACCUCAAAAUUGUUCAGCAACAAUUAUUUUCUGCCCUUGCUUUCUAAAGGCACAUUGUUCCCAGGUUUGCUGGCCUCUGAGGCAGACCAAGGUCUUAUACUCUACUACAGUCAGGUGGUCAAGUCAUGUAUAGCCACAACAUGCAAGACCCAACUUUUACCAAACCUCAUUCUAUGAAAGCACACUCAUAGCAGUUCUCCACCAAUUUCAUAGAAAUUUGUAGGGCUACAAUGUGGACCUCAUAUCCUGCAGACAGGACACCAUUGUCUCUAUAUAGUUGGCCUUUGGAGAUUAGUGCUAUAGCAUGUCCUCUCCUUGGAACUGUGGAAGAGACUUGCCGUACGGGAUCUUGUGGUUGAAAUAGAAGUCACAUGAUCUAUUCCUUUACCUGGGUGGUAGGAAAUACAAUCAACUUUGAAUGCUUCUGUCAAAUUAAAUCAGAUUAUGGCAGUUGUUGAUGUUCAAUUUCAUGUGCUUUAUAGAAACUAAAUACCUAUCUUUUUGUUGCAGGACAUGGUGAAUGUAAAUGUCGUGAGUGUGAAUGCGCAGAAAAUUAUACAGGCUCUGCUUGUGAUUGUUACAUGGAUACCGCCCCAUGUGAAGCUGGAAAUGGGCAAAUCUGUAAUGGCAGAGGAAUCUGCAAGUGUGGAGUCUGUAACUGCACAGAUCCCAAAUUUACGGGGCCAACAUGUGAAUUGUGCCCAACCUGCCUUGGAUUUUUUGCAGAGAGCAAGUAAGGCUUUUGGAUUUUUAAAUAAUAAAAUAACUUCCUGCUGGGAUAUUUGCAAAUUGCUCCAGGGGAAUUUUUGUGUUCCCCUUUGUACAAGGAGCUGUUGCUUGUGGCCCAUGCUUUUGCUUUGCUUUCUCUCUCUCUCCCUCCCCCCUCCAACAAAAUUCUGAAAAAAAUAUUGGUAAUUAGUGUUUUAUUAUAUUGGUUUUCUUGUUGUAAAGUGUCUUGGGUUUUUUUUCUUGGGUAUACUGAAGUGUGUAACUUUUCAGUUUAAAAAAUAAAUAGUACCUGCACUUGCAGAUACCAUUUAAAGCCAACUAGUAUAUCUUAAGGGGAUGUGGGUAGCGCUGUGGGUUAAACCACAGAGCAUAGGACUUUCUGAUCAGAAGGUUUGUGGUUCGAAUCCCCGUGACUGGGUGAGCUCCCGUUGUUCGGUCCCUGCUUCUGCCAACCUAGCAGUUCGAAAGCACGUCAAAGUGCAAGUAGAUAAAUAGGUACUGCUCCGGCGCGAAGGUAAACGGUGUUUCCGUGCGCUGCUCUGGUUCGCCAGAAGCGGCUUAGUCAUGCUGGCCACAUGACCCGGAAGCUGUACACCGGCUCCCUCGGCCAAUAAAGCAAGUUGAGUGCCGCAACCCCAGAGUCAGUCAUGACUGGACCUACUGGUCAGGGGUCCCUUUACCUUUACCUUUUUAGUAUAUCUUAAAUCUGUGCAAAAACUGCACUUGAGUGCAUCCAGUUAUUUCACAGCAUUGUAGUUCAGUUGCUGAAUACCUAUUACUAGAAUGUAUUAGCAUCUCAUUUUAAAUAUGCUAAAUUGAUUGAAAUUGAUGGAGCCCGCGCACGCGCGGUUUCAAACACCAGUGAGCUCAGGAAGAAGGAGGGAAGGGACUGGAAAACAGCCAAGAAGUGUUUCGUCUGUCAGUGCCCUGGACAUUUCGCGAAGGUCUGUCCCCAGAGAAAAGCCUGGCAAGGCAUGAUGGGGGCAGCAAGCCAAGAGGGAGAGGGAGAGAAGGCCUUUGAAAGGUUAAAGAAGGCGUUCGCCUCUGAGGAGCAGCUUCUGCACGUGGAUCCGGGGAAGCCACUGAGAGUGGAGACGGACCUUCAGACCGGGCCAUCAGAGCAGUACUGCUGCAACAAGGGUCAGGGGAGGACUGGAGACCUUGUGCAUUUUUCUCCAGGAAACUGAGCAAGUCAGAGCAAAAUUACACUGUUUAUGACAAAGAAUUGCUGGACAUUUACGUGGCCUUUCGGCAGUGGAGACACUUUUUGAUUGGGGCACGGCACCAGAUCCAGGCCCGAACGGGCCACAAGAACCUGGAAUACUGGUGGACAGCACGCGUGUUUAACCAGUGACAGGUCAGAUGGUCGCAGAUGUUCUCACAGUAUCACUUUGAAAUACAAUACGUACCUGGGGGGGGGGGGGAAUGUGAGGGCAGACGCACUUUCCAGGAAACCUGAGUACAUGGAAGGGGAAGGACCUCCUCUGGCCAGGCACGUGUUCCCAGAAGACCGCUGGUUGUGUGGGGGAGCACUGGUAGGGGAGCAAGAACUGGUUGGGCUGACCAGACACGAUGAGUUUGCUCAGACUAAAAUCAGGGAGCUCAGAGAUGGAAAGGGGGGAAAUGGGGGGGUUGAGGAAAAAGGAGGGCUCCUGUACUACAAAGGGGCACUGUAUGCGCCGGGAGAGACAUUGAGGGCCAAGAUACUUAAGCAGCUCCAUGACAACCCAACAGCCGGGCAUUUUGGGCAGCAUAAGACCAUGCUACUAGUCACCAGACAGUUCUGAUGGCCCAAUGUAAGGGAGGAUGUAUGAGAAUAUGUCUGGGGGUGCGACAGGUGCCAGAGGGCCAAAGGGGAAAGAACCGCACCAGCGGGGUUACUGGAACCCUUACCAACACCAGAGAGGCCCUGGGAGGUGGUGUCCAUUGAUUUUAUGACAGAUCUGCCCAAGUCAAGGGGGAAAACAGCGGUGAUGGUGGUGGUCGAUCUACUGACCAAAAUGUGCCAUUUCGUGGCCUGCUCUCAUGCGGUGUCAGUAGAGGAGACAGCCAGGCUGUUUGUGGACCACAUUUUUAGGCUGCAUGGGACUCCAUUGAGGGUUGUAUCCAAUCGAGGAAGACAAUUUACUUCGCGGUUCUGGCGGAAACUCAUGAGCUUGCUGCAGGUAGAGGUGAGCUUCUCGAUGGCAAGGCACCCAGAAAACAAUGGCCAGGCCGAAAGGGCGAAUGGAAUACUACAGCAGUACCUACGCUGUUAUGUCAGUGAGAGGCAGAACGAUUGGGUAGAGAAAUUGGCGCUAGCUGAAUUUGUGUACAACAACGCUGAACAUGUGUCCACGGGAACAAGCUCCUUCAUGGCCAAUUACAGGUGUCACCCCAGGGCCUUCCCAGGGCGUGGAGAGGAGGAAUGGAGUGUGCCAGCAGUGGAGCAAUUUGCAGAAGAAAUGGAGGCCUUGCACCAACAACUCCGGCUAAACUUGGAAAGGGCUAAAGAAGUCUACAAAUGGCAAGCAGACAGGCACCGCAGGCCGGGGGAGGUCAUACAGGUGGGAGACAGGGUAUGGUUGUCGUCCCAGGGUUUGCCCCUAAAGGGAGGUUGCAGAAAGUUGCAGCCUAGACGGCUGGGGCCCUUUGAGGUAAUACAGCAGGUUAAUCCAGUGGCCUUCAGGCUGAAAUUGCCGGACAGCAUGAGGAUACAUCCGGUGUUCCAUAGGUCCCUGUUUUUGCAUCACAGGGAGGGGUGGGGCUUCCCGGGGAGGGAGGGAGGGGUGACUACCCAUCCACGGGCAGAGGAAAGGGAACACUAAUGAAGCAACGGAAAUACUCAAUUCUAGGUGGAGAGGGCACCAGGUAGAGUACUUGGUGGCCUGGGAGGGAGAACCCAGAUCCGAAAACACGUGGGUUCCCACAGAAUCCAUCACAGAGGGUUAUCUGGUGGAAGAAUUCCAUGGUUUGUUCCCGCAUAAGCCUAAACCAAUAGCUAGGUUCCGGGAGGAGGAGUUCGGACCCACGGACGAUGAAGGGGACUUCGCAGGUUUCCCUGCCUCAGAAGAGAAGGGCGGGGAGGUGUCCGAGGGAGAAGAAUCAGACUGGGAGGUUCAACCAGCGGGAAGGGACCUGAGAGGAUGGGAAGCAGCUUUUGAAUCCACGGAAGAUGAUGACGGUUCUUUCCGGGGUUUUCCUACAUCGCCGGCCCACAAUAUAGAGGAGGAGACGUUCAAAGACCUCACCAGUGGGGAGGGGGGUCUUGAGGAGGGGGUGGAUGUCAGGGAACUGCCAUCGGCUCUGGGGGGAGAGGGGAAAAGCCGGAUGGAUUACAGAGAGCCCCCAAAGAUCGUGGGAAGCAGCUCCUCCUCAGCGGAGGAGAGUAACCACGCCUCCAGUGGAGAGGAGCUUCAGGGCUCGGAGGAGGCGAGGCGGUGCCAGGACACCUUGCUUGGGCAAAGCGGGGAGGAGAGAGGUCCUCUGUUACCCACGCCCUCCUUGCGCAGUAAGCUUCCGCACCGAGAGGGGAGGCGCAGACUGGGCGUCAAGAAACUACUCUGCUGGGGAAGGUUUAAGGACCAGCCACUCACGGAUUCUGCCAGUGAAUGAGCCAGCCACGGGAGAGUGGCGCUCUGUGAGGAUGUUUCACCCCUCCCAUUGCAAGAAUCUGCUGACAAUGUUUCAGAAAGGAGGGGGCGGAUUUUGCUCAUUGCUUCUUCCGCUCCAGCCUGACUUCCAAGGGAGUCUGAGUGUUAUCUGUAUAUAGAUAAGGUGACUGCUCAAGCAGCUGUAACACUCAUGCAGUCCAGCGUCUCCGAUUGGUCUUUAGUUUUGCAGUAGCUGUAGAGAAUAAAAGAAGUUAUACUUCAGAGCUGUCAUUCAUGUGGUUCAUACUCUGCUGUGCUCCGCUGACUUUUGGAACUGAGUUUGGUGCUCACAGCUCUGAGUUGUGAGUCCACAGCACUUAGACCUGCUCCCUGCAGUCUCUGGAAGUGCUUUCCCAACUUGCCUGGCCCAGUCGGGGCUGAAGAGGUUGAGCCCAGUCAUUGGCACUGGCUCAAAGGCGAAGCUGACACUCUGGACAGAUAAAGUUUAUUUUGGUAUCCAAAGCAAGGCUUCACAGCUGAGCAGGGAGGCAUUUGCCUGCUUGCUCUCGAGCAACCCCUUGGAACCCUAACAGGUACCAUUCCCCCACCCCCAAGAGAUUGAGAUUUUUCUGCCUCCAACACCUUGUGUUGUUAAACAGUUAAACAGAACCGUUAAACAGAUAAUGAGCUAUAGGCUAACCUCAUUUAAAUCACAGUGACAGAAGAGUUGCUUGUAUUCCUUGUGAAUCUGCACUCAAGAAUUGCUGAAGGCCUUAGCCGAAACCAAGAAGCAGGAGUGAACUCCUUCCUCAGACAGAACGGCCUGGUUUAUAUUUAAGUAAAUUAUAUAUAUGAGGCAAGAGGACAUCUUUACUGAGUUAAAAUUCAAAAUCUUGCUCCAUAAACACAUCAUUUGUACAUGACUUGAACUCCUUAUCUAAGACAAGGUCUCACCAGCAGAAAAAAUGCUGCAAACUCAGAGCAGCUGCAUCCCAAAAAUGUACCUGGACAACAAAUGGCUAUAGAAAGAUAGCUUAAGAAAGUGAGCCAAGCCAACGGCAUGCUGUGGGUGAAGGCAAAUAAGUAAAGGACAAAUGUUUAAGAAAUAACUUGUGAAUAUUAUGAUUUAUAGUGGACCAAAUGAGUGCAUAAGAGAUUUUGCUAGCAUGAGGUUCACAGAAAAAGAAUGGUUUCUUAGCAAUCAAAUCAUGUCAGAUGAAUGAAAAAAACUCAUAUUACAAAUAUAGUGGAAGAAAGCAGUACAAAAGCUUCAAUGAAGAAUAAUUUGAUUCAGGAAGUGCAUUUGUGAUAAAGGCUACAGAAUUUAAACCUUGCAACAUUAAUCAGAUUUAACGUCAAUAAAUGUAGUGUCUCAUAUAAAGGACUGCAAAGAAUUACUGUACGUAUGGCACUGUAAUAAAUUGAACAGAAUAUAGAAUCGUCUGUUGGAGACCUACAAAAGUUGGCUGUUCUUUCAUGACACUAUAAUUGUCUCUUCAUGUACUAUUUUGUGCAUAUGUGUGGGUGAUGUUCAUACACCAGGCAGCAGCAGAAGUCUACUUUUAAAAAUCACAUUAGCCAAUGUAGGUAGUUUAGUCCAGUAUCAGACACAGAGUGCUUUUUACGUGGCAUGGGAUAACAGCCUUUGUUUGUAAUCCUAAACAUACUAAUUUAGAAGUAAUAAAGGUACAAAAUUCCAAGUAAGCAAUUCUUCUUAUCUAAACCCAUCCUGUUGUCUAUGUCAAAAAGCCGACAGCACCUCAGAGCUGCAUUGUUCUGUAACAUCCAUAUUAAGAGGUAUACAGGCUGCAGUCUAACACAUUAAUGUGGACACAUAUGCUCCCUCACACAGCUGGUUGUUUUGGUACAUCCACAUUAAGAGAAUCACAAUUUCUCAUAAUACUGUGCAUAUUUUACUGCACACGGUUCUGAUGCAUUCCAAGAUGUGACCUUAUAAACAGCAAGUAUCAAUUGCCUAUGGCUUGUAAGUGCAUUAUAAGGCUCUAGAAUCAUUCCAUUUGCAUGAGGAAUUCAGUCAUUCAAAGACAGUGGUACCUCGGGUUAAGUACUUAAUUCGUUCUGGAGGUCCGUUCUUAACCUGAAACUGUUCUUAACCUGAGGUACCACUUUAGCUAAUGGGGCCUCCUGCUGCUGCUGCGCCGCCGGAGCAGGAUUUCUGUUCUCAUCCUGAAGCAAAGUUCUUAACCCGAGGUACUAUUUCGGGGUUAGCGGAGUCUGUAACCUGAAGCGUCUGUAACCUGAAGCAUAUGUAACCCAAGUCUUGUAGGCAAUAUGCAUGUGCUUGAAUGUACCAGAGGUUUCAUGUGACCAGUCUUAGAAUUCAGAUUCUGCGCUUCCCAUUAGCAUUCAGCUAAGCAAAAGAUCCACAAGAGACCCUGUCGCCUCUCAUUUUCACACAGGGUCGCCAUGACAUCGGAGCAAAUGAGCCAAUGGCCUCACCAGAAUCAGCAGAAAAGUCAAGAGGUCAAGAGAGAGACUGCAAGAGCGAAAAGGUCAGAGAAUAAAAAGGGGAAGCUCAACAGCACUCACAGAAAGUAUUACAAAGGAGCCAAAAAGUUAUUUUUGGAGUUUCAAAAUUCCGUCUCAGGCAAAAGUAUAUUCCCUUUAGAUUCCCUUGGGGUGGGGGGGAUAGUAACAACAAUUCAGUAAACACACAAAUUGGCUGACUAUAAGCAUUGAGGUCCGAGGUCAUUUCCAGUUUCCCAGAAGAAAAAGAAUGUCAAACAUAUGGGGCCUUUGUCUUUGGAAGCCUCCUGGAUACUUCUGUCAUUAAAUCAAAGAGAAAAGGAGACGGCAGCCAGCUCCUCAGUCAGUAGGAAUCAGGCCAAAUCUAGAGGAAUUCUAGGGAUUUUUUUUCUUUAAAUGGGCUUCCACAUUUAAGCUGCUCCCCAGCCCCUCCUGCCUGCCUGAUUGAUUUCUCUCUCUCACUUAGACUAAAUCAUGGUUGAUUUUGCGUUGCACUUUAAGUGGAGAAAAAUUGGAAGUAGCUGUGUUGGUCCAUUGAGGGAAUGGGGAAUCCUUAGUAACAGUAGUGUGCUGCUGUCGGAAUCAACUGAAAGGUCACAAAGAAGUGAGCAAGCUUCCAGAUUUGUCAGCCGUCGCCAGGAGGCUGGAUCUUAAUCAUAAACGGGGCGGGUGCUGCUGCCGCCACUGAGCAAGACCAAAAUAAAAAGGCCUCAUCUGCAGGAGAGUUUCAAAGCACAAACUCCAACUGCACAAACUCCCUAUCAGACACCUCACACUAAAAAAAUAAAGGCAGGACAAACACAAAGCGUCCUUUGUUCCUUGCUUAUCCCCUGUAACAGUGGCGGUUUCUCCAUAGGAGCCUCUAGUUCUUAUCUCAUUUCUGAAUCUCACUUUGUUCAAUAACCAACAGGUGCAAAACCAGGAAUACUUUAAGGGUAUUUGCAAGGAUGCUACGCCCUCUUACCAUGUCCCUGGGCAGGUGUGGAUACAAACACACCCAUUGCCCAGGCUGCUGUUUUCAAAUGGACAUACCGUGGGGUAAUGCAGAAUCAAUCGGCAAUGAGUUGUUAUGUUCCCAAGAAGUCCUUUUCCACAGGGGGUGGGGAUAUUCAAUAGAACUAGAUUGUACGUGGACUAUAUAGGGGGUGGGACACACCAAGUAUUCUGUCCCCAAUGAUUUUAAAAUAAAAUGUGUAUACAUAGCCUAAUUUCUUAUGAGGGAUUUCUAAAAAAACAAAGUUUGCUUUAACCAAAGUCUGGAUAAGAAAUGCCCAGUGUGGCAGGGCUAAACUUAGAGAGGGCUAUUCUGAGAGAAAAAUGACCUGUAAAGGAAGAGAUAAGCUCCUCUCCCCACACUCCUCAACUUCCGAUCUAGAUUGCAGUUCUGCACAGCUGCUUUUGGUUAAAAACAAUGUCACUUGAAGAAAACAAGUUGAUCCUGAGGGAGAAAGAAGUAGACUGACGGCCCAGAGUCACCCAGAGGCUAGGCAGGGAUUCGUACUGGGCCUUGUACUUCCUAACUCUGCAUCUUUUCCAUUUGUUUCAUUUGGCCAGUCCUAUGCUUAUAUCGGAUUCCAUGUGCUGUUGUUCCUCAUAAAUGUACAUUUUUUAUUUUAAAAAAAACAUCAGUAGCUAUUUAAAAGCCAGAAAGGAAUCCGUGAAAGGAAUUCUAAGGCAGCAUUUAGUAGUAAAGCAGCUGAGAGUAUGUAGCAAAGACAUCGCGUACCAGUGUAGUGUUAAGUGUUGGACAGGGUGCUGGGAGACUAGGGUUCAAAUUCGCACUCAGCCAUGAAUAUCACUGGGUGACGUUGGUCCAGUCACUAUCUCUCAGCCUAACCUACCUCACAUGGUUGUCGCAGGGAUUAAAUGAGGUGGGAGAGAACCAUGUGCACCAUUUUGCACUCCUUGGAGAAAAAGCGGGGAUAUACAUGCAAUAAAUAAAUAAAUAACACCCCACACACACAUUGCAAGUGCAAAGUUUUCUUUACACAUCAAUGAGAGCUGUGAAGCCCCCUGUACCUGUGGUGCUCCUUAGCUUGAUUGCAGCCAAUAAUGCCUUUUAAAAAUUGUAUUGUUUCUUUCCUUUAUCGGUUUUAUUGCUGUGAAAUUUCUCCCCCCAAUUUCUUAGCAUUUCAUAAAGACAAUUAACAAUGUUUCCCUUCAUACGCUUUUAUUUCCAUGCAUAUCAUAUUAAUUUUACAUUUAGCAAUGGCACUGUACUAAAACAUGCAGAUAACAAAUUUAUGCAGAUUAUGAUAAUGUCAGCAGUUUUUGCUGUGGAGUAUCACGUACAAAUUAGCACUGAUUGUCUACCUUUCACCAAUCAGGUAAAAAAUUUAAAAGGGGAGUGGGGGAAACAGCCCUUAUAUUCAUUCUUGGAAAAUUGAUCAGUUCUUUUCUAUGCCCCUUUGCCAUCUUGGCUGCAAGUCCUGGAAGACCUGCUCUGUGCCUUGCAGGCCUUUUCCCACCUGGCCUGGGAGGUUGGGGCACUGACUGACUCCAGCUACGGAAGCUGAAGCUGCUGAACAGAUUCUGGGGCUAGGGUACUGUUUAGGGGGUUUUGUUGUGGGGGAGGGAUUGCUGUUCAGUUUUUUGUCUCUUUAUUUUAGAUCUCGUUGUGAUUUAUGUGGAAAUUGUUCAGUUUGGUUGUGUAUUUUUUAAUGUUUUCUUUAUUAUUUAUGACUAUUUUUGUUAUGUUUUAGUUUAUGUGCAUAUGGUUCUGGAAUUUAAUCAGAAGGAGUCAGAGACAAGCAAAAAGAAAGCAGUCCUAAGUACAUUGGCUGAAAAUAAGUACAUUGAACUCAAUGGGACUUCCUUUCAUGUUUGCACAUUUAGAACUGACCUGUACAAAUCCAAGAAAUAUGCUAAUGAAGGGGAGAAUGUACCAAGUAUUGGAGACUAUAAAUGGCAUAUGCAAUCAUAAGGGGAUAGGAAUCCCCAGACUAGGGAUCCAGCAGUUUAGAACGAUUUCCACAGUGUUCUUCGCCACCCAUGUGAUUCCUACAUUGCAGGGGUUGGGCUAGAUGAUGCUCGGAGUUCCCUCCAACUCUUUAAUUCUUUGAUUCUAUGAAAUGUACAGCUGUUGCUCGUCUGUUUCCAAGACCCCAAAGAACUUUCCUAAAGGACUGGUUGUGCUGCUGUUUUCACAGUACUCGAACUACAUUGUUUUGUAGUUGUGAAUCGGGAAAUGCUAUUUCCCUUCUCUCCACGGCUACUGUGAAUGCUGCAUUGAAUGUGGCUUUAUGACUUCCGCUCUCAUCCAUGUGCUAAAACAUGCAUCAUGUGAUGCUAAUUCCUUCCACGCAUGUGUGUUAUUAUGUGAAAUUUUUUAAAGCAAGUUUUCCACAUUGUAUCACUCAUGAAUGAGAGCACUCCUACAGCUUUUUUUAAAAGGUCGAAAACUAGCAAGGUUGCCCACUCCCAACACAGGAAUGCUUUAUGUUUUUGUUUUUUUAAAAUGUAAUUGUUAAAACUGGCUACAUGUUUUCCCCUCUCCAGUGCUUGCCCAGGCUCACAAUCCCUCCAUGUUUUUAUAUAACAGUGGUGAAACAGAAGUUGAUCUAUUUCCUCUGGAGCGAAGCUAUUCCAUUAACUGUACAAAGCGAUAGGAUCAAUCAGCUCUAGAAUGUAUUUGCCACAAGGACAAAAAUGCAGGAUUUUAAAUCAUUGGGACUUAACAGGGAAAUUUGGGCCAACUACCAAAGGCAGAGGAGACCUUAAAAUUAUCAGACUGUGGAACACAUUCAAGAGAAAUGAUGUGUCUCAUCUGUUGGGUCAUUUAGAACAAAGCCCUGGAGAGAGUCUUCUCUGUGCAAUAAUCCUGCUCUGGCAAACGUAUGGAAAAGAUGACCUAAUGCUCAGGAUUCAAAGUACCAUAGAGAGAAAUGAAUUAUGCUGUAUUAUUGCAAAGCACUCAAGACGUCUGUUGCAUUCUGCCCAGGGAUGGAAAAAUUAUGUGCUGUAUAAAUGCUUACCAUUUAAGGCUGCAAUCUCAAGCUGCAUACUCUGAAACUGUUCUGCUGCCUUCUGUAGAACUGCUCUUGAGUUAGUGAUUUGAGGUUGUCCCAUUAAGCCUAAAUCUCACUACCUGGCUUUUCUAGAGAACUGGAAAGAGUCUUUCCCCUAUGUAACCUGUAAUAUCAAUGCCAGGAUUAUUCAGAGCAACAGAAUUGAAGGAGUUACAGCCCGAUAUUAUGGACAACAGUCUGACGGCACUGUUGUUGUUGUUGUUUAGUCGUUUAGUCGUGUCUGACUCUUCGUGACCCCAUGGACCAAAGCAUGCCAGGCAUUCCUGUCUUUCACUGCCUCCCGCAGUUUGGUCAAACUCUGACGGCACUACUUCUGCUAAAACAGUAUCCUGGGCAAUGCAGCUCAAGUUGGAAAAAACUUCAUGUUCAAGAGUAGUAAACCUUUGACUCUGACAGAGGCAUCAGUUUGGGCACUGUUGCAGAUAUAUUACUGGUCCAGUGAACCAGUGCACCUGGACCAGCAAUUUAAUGGUCUUAUGUUCCUAAACAGGUCCAAUGGAAAAUGUAAACGUUUACAUGACUGGACAAACUCCACCACUGCUGAUAAUUUUUUGCCCGUUGAUUUGUGAAUGAGUGCUGCAAAUGCCUCAGUGUAAUGGUUUAUAGCAGAGGUACCCAAUCUUUUUGGGCCCAGGGGCCCAGUGGGAAAUUUAAAGAGCUAUUGAGGGCACCACAAGAUGCCUAUUUCACAAAAGAAAAACUGGUGACGCUCAGAGCUGCUUCCUAACAGACAAAACACCAACACACCCAUCCAAAAAAUACAACCCCAAUCAAACAACAAGAAUGUAAAAAAUCCUCAGUUUUAAAAAUAAAAAAUUGGACCUUAGUGGCUUCCAAGGAGCAUAUCUGAGUGUGUUGUGGUGCUUGCAGGCACCACGUUGUGGGCCCCAGGCUGAUAGCAAUUUCCCUUGACCUUUUUGUGUCUUAAUUUUAGCACAUACAUGAGGCUUAUUACAAAACUUAAAUAAAAAGAAAAUGAAUUAUGGUACUACUGGAGCAGCCCACCUUAGGUAAAACCCUGUUGUGGGUCACAUGACCCACCAGUUGAAGCAAAAUGGUUCAGGUGGUUGGUAUGUUGUAUUUACUGCCAUUGUAUCACCGUGCUGUGUUCAAAAUCCAACUAAAGCUUAGGCAAGUAUAGAUUAGGGCAGUGGCUGUCCAUUUGGUCUUUGUAAAACCACAGUGUGGCGUCAGAGCAUGCUGGCUGACUGAAGGUAUAGCUGUGGACAGUUAUACACCACAGCUGUCAAGCCAGCUGUCACAACGAAAGUCCCCUUUGCUUCAUAUUUUUUCUUUCCUUCAAAAUAUGUGCGUUGCUUACUUUCAGGGAGAAAAUAUUUCAAUGUAAUACCUUUAGCUGUUCUUAUCAGCACAACAUGUCAAGGCAAUUUCACUUUUUACGAGAACAGACUUGCUGGCCUGACUAAUCUGCCAUGCAAAACGGUUUAUGUCUGCAAGCUGAGAUGUCCUUCCGUUGCUGACCCACUGCCAUUACGAAAGUAUAUUUUGGGAUGUUAGCAGACUGCAUCAGAAAGCACACCAUUGUAAAGCAAGCAGUUAAUGUGCAGCCAUCUGAAGGCAACUAAAUGUGAAUGCCUGUUUUACAACUUUUUAAAGGCAGUUUUGUGACAUAGCCAUGAUACUGGACAGUAGUAACAUGUUCUCUUUUGUUUUUAAAGAAAAAGAUUAAAACCUGUAUAAUCUGAAACCUAUGUCAAAAAUGCCAGUUCCAACAGUAUGAUUAAAAGCUUCCCUCUUAGGGCUGAAAUACAGAUUAAACAAAAGAUCCAUGGCUGGGUGCUGUGCAUGUCAUGUUGAGUUCCUUGCAGGAAAGGUUGGCUAUACAUGUAGUAAUAAAUAGGCAGAGAUUAUUCCCAAUAGAAUUGGCGGCUGAGGCUUUGGAGGGAGAACAUAAGAAGAGCCUGAAUCGGGCCAAUUUUCCAUCAAACUCAGCAUCCUGUUCUUAGAGUGGCCAACCAGAUGCCAGCAGGAAACAUGGAAGCAGGAUCAAACUGCAAGAGCGCUCUCCCCCUUGUCUUUGGAUUCCAGCUAUUGUACUGGUAUUCAGAAGCAUUACUUGCUCCAAUGGUGGAGUCAGAACAAGCCAUCAUAGCUAAUAGCCAUUGAUAGCCCUAUCCUCCAUGAAUUUGUCCGACCCUCUUUUAAACCUAUCCACUGCCUCCUGUGGAACUGAUUUCCGUAGUUUUAACCAUGCAUUGCACAAAUAAGUGCUUUCUUUUAUCUGUCCUGAAUUUUCCAACUUUCAGCAUCCAUGAAUUCUAGUCAUUUGAGAGAGGGAGAAACAUGCAUCAUUUCCCCAGCUUCUAUUUCCCCUUUUCCUCUCCACCUUUUCCUCUCCCAUUCCUCCCAGGGGAGUCACUCUGUUCCCUAAAACCCUAGGUCACUUUGGUUGCCAUUUUCUGCCCCUUUUCCAGCUCUGUAAUAUUCUUAAGAGAAAGGCUCUUAAGAGAUGAUAAACAAACACUUGAAAAGUAGGGUGGAGGUGUGAAUGUUGUGAAUGCCGCUCACCUAUUUCAAUCCCCUUGCUUCGCAGCUGCCAAGCAAAGAGAUGA